AUGCCCGACAAGGGGAAGGGGAAAGCAAAGAAGAAGGCACCCCCGAGGUGGUCCAUGUGCCCGAAGCUACACGACGGUGUGUCGCGACUGCUGGAAGAGGAGGAUCUUUUCUUCGAUUUUCACACGGCGGAUGACGCCAAGAACUGCGUCAAGGACUACGACACCAACGUGAUGGGCAGGUUCCCCUGCCGCAACCCAAAGUGCUCUUCGGACGGCUGGUCAAGUAAGAGGAUUGCCGUUACGAUACGGAUGUAUGCCGGGGCUCAGUACAACGUCCGCGUGUACCACCAAUGCUGCUUGCAGUGCAACCGCCUCAGCAGGCCCGUCCUGGACAGUUCAUCAUAUGCCGAGAGGACGGCGUACCGCCUCAAGAAGUGGUGCGGAAUCCAGAUGGAGGCGCCCCCCUACAACGAAGGUGAGGGCCCACCCCAUCACAAAAAUCUUUGCGAGGGAUGUAAAGCCGGUCAUUGUAUCGAGCUCCGCUAUUGA